CCUGACUAAUUAGGUAGGUUAACUUACCCAAUUGGGUAAGUUUUAAAUGAACAUCCAAUGGUAACGUCGAAACUCCGCCUGAUGGAAAUUCUAGAUAUUAUCUGAGGUAAUUUCAACGUGAUGGCUCAUGGAUUUACCACGGUCAUACAAGUCCUCGAGUUCAACCAAGAAACUGAGCCUUGGGAAGACACAGUCCCGGAUAACUAGUUUUAUCAAACCAGAACCCAAUAAUGACAGUAAUUCUCAAGACUCAUUUUCUCAGAGACUUGCUAUUGGUGAAAAAGUCAACUUGCCUGAGAAUUACUGCCAAAGCGCAGCCUCAAAGAGCAACACGCAUGCCUCUCAAGAGAGUAGUCCAGCUAAGUUCAAAAUGGACGAUGACGCUCUGGAUGCACAAAUCACCCGAGGAUGGAACUCAGUAAAACCUGGCAGUCCUUCGGCAGAUGUGGACUGCUCACAAAAUGAUGUUUCUUUUAUAGAGCCACCGCCAAGCCCACCACCCAUUCAAAUGGAUUGUAUUUCAAUAAGUAGCGAUGACGAAAUUGGAAAUGUCUUGUCAAACAGUAGACCUUGUAGCCCAAAGAGUGAUGACAUGUUCAAAGAUGAAGAUUUACCUUGCUCGGGCUUCUCUCUGACUGGUGUGGUAGAUGCUUUUGUAGAAGCUGCUGUUGCGACGGAUGAAUCUUUGGAACAGAAACCUUCAAUGAUUGAGUCACAUCCCUCUUCACCACCUUCCAAAAAGCUUUGCAUGGAUGGCCAGAAUGCUUUCUGUAUUUCUAAUAUAAAAUCAGAAUCAAAAACUGAAGUGACGUCUACAUCUGAUGAAAGAGUUGGUGCUAAGAUUGCAUCUGCAACAGAUAACAAGAAAUCAUUGACUUUGUCAAAAGCCAAGAGACAUUUUUCAGAAACUGUCAAUAGUAUAGAGGAAGAGAAUGACCCUAAAACUUAUGACAAUGAAGAAAGGUCAUUUUCAAGAGAAAGUACUAUCUCUCCACCUGGUUCUCCCAAUCCAGCAUAUGUUAAACCUUCUAAAGAACGAGAUUUUAAGGAAGGAACUACAGAGCAAUCACGAUCAAAGUUAAAGCAUAUGGGAGACAGAAAUAGAGAGGACCUCAAACCUAGGAAAGAAGAAAAAAGUGUUUCUAAAACGUAUCAUAAAGAUCUCUCUAGCAAGAAAUUUAAAAUAGAAGACCAAGUUGAUUUAAAGAUAAAAAGAGAAGUUGAUCAUUCAAAGGAAAGCCCGAAAAAGGCAUCUUUUUCAAAAUCCAUUAAGAGUGCUUCAUCACCUAGUAAGAGGCCUCUAAAACAGACUUCAUCAGAGAGCACAUCUGAUGUGGACGAUUGGAUCAAAGAUUUCAAAAGGGGAAUCUCAAAAGGCAAUGUCUCAACAGAUAUGCCACUCACCUCUAUAAGAUCAGAACUUGAUUCAUUGAAGACUUCUUACAUAGAAUUAAUGGAAAAAAUGCUUGAUAUCUUUUUCUCUAUCCCCAAAGAUGUGUUUGAUGUUAUACCUGAUUUUGAUUCAAGUGUGUUCAGACUUCGAGUAAUGAAGGUUUGGCUGCAAGGUAAACUUAAAUCAAGUACCUCAGUGUACUUAGCGGCAAGAAAAAUUUCUACAAGUCAAUCAAGCUCAAGGAGUCCAUCAUCAAAACUCACAAAAUCUGACAAAGCCUCCUCAUCACCAUCUAAAUGUACCAAAAGUAGUCUUGGUGAGAAACGGUCUUUUGAAGCUGACAAUGAAAAGAUUUAUAAGAAUCAAUCAUAUGUUAGAGAAAAGUCUGAGUCAAAAAGUCAAUAUGAAAGGACAUCAUUUAACAAAGAUGUUGCAAGUGAUGGUUUACAAAAUCAAUGUUCAUUUGCUUUAUCCUCAAGCAGUCUUGGUGUUGCAUCACCCAUAGCUUCUCCAGCAAAAAGAACAUUAUCAAAUAGCUCCCAUGGAUCCCAUGGAUCUCCCAAACACCAUUCUGCUACAUGCAGUUAUUCUGACUCUGGGUAUAGUUCUCAGUUGAACUCUACAGAUCAGUCAUUCAACUCAUCAGAUUCAGUGAAAACAACUGGAAAGUUUACUUUCAAGAAACCUUUCAUGGCUACUGGAAGGGUUGCCAAUAGUUUACCCUCUACAUCAGGUUCCAGUCACUCUUCAAGUCCAGGCUCAUCAGCGUGUGAAUUUCCUCAAACAUCUUCUGUAUCAACUAACAACUGGCUUUCCAAAGGAGACCAAUCUUCGCCUGCCUCUGCCUCUUGUUCAAGUUAUAACAGUAAUAAUACAGUUUCUUAUAAAGAACCAACGCCAAGUAAUUCACCAAGGAAUAGAAGUGAUGUCACAAGCACAUCAUUCAAUUCCCCCAUUUCAUCAAACUUCAGGAGAAAUGAGAGUGUUAGCAAAUCUUUCGCUUCAUGUUCAGCCGGGUCCAGCACAAGCAGAGCAGUGGAUGAGAAUAUUGAAUCAGACUGGAAAGAUUCCUUCAUUGAUGAGGAUGAGGACGACUACAGGUCGAGCAGCCGUCAUGAAAGUGCCCAGUAUGGAAGGAAAGCUCCAACGCCUCAAACUUUGGGAGCCAAAAUGAGUGCCAAAUCAACUGCUCCUUCUUCCUCCUCAAUGGCCAUCACCAAACCUGUGUCUCAAGUUACAAGUGGUGAUGCUGAGUUAGGGCGUUUCCAUCAAGGAAUUCACAAUGACGGUAGAACAGGAGAGUUUGAUGGGAAGAACUUUCCUCACUCCAGGGCAAUGAUGGAGGUGUUUAGGCAGAGGUUUGGUCUUCACGAAUUCAGACCUAAUCAGCUGCAAGUUGUUAAUGCAGCGCUACUAGGGCAUGAUUGCUUUGUUCUCAUGCCUACUGGGGGAGGUAAAUCUCUCUGUUAUCAACUUCCAGCAUUAUUAAAUCCUGGAGUCACAAUUGUCAUAUCACCACUCAAGUCAUUGAUUUUCGAUCAAGUGCAGAAGCUCAACUCGCUUGAUAUACCUUCCUCUUGCUUAUCAGGGGACCUUUCAAAAACGGAGAUUGAGCAAGUCUACACAGAUUUGAAUACAAAGGAACCAAGGAUAAAAUUGUUGUAUGUGACUCCUGAAAUGUUGAGUGCCAGUGAAAAACUCCGUAAUUGUCUCUCAUCAUUACACUCCCGUAGUAGAUUGGCGCGGUUUGUGAUUGAUGAGGCACAUUGUGUUUCUCAGUGGGGCCAUGAUUUUCGCCCAGAUUAUCGUAAGCUAAAUGAACUUAGAACCAGGUACCCUAAUGUUCCAUUCAUGGCACUCACAGCCACAGCUACCCCCCGUGUUCGGAUUGAUAUCAAACACCAGCUGAGCCUUGUUGAUCCAAAACUGUUCAUGUCCAGUUUUAACCGGUCGAAUUUGAAGUAUUCUGUGGUGCAGAAGAAAGGUAAAAACUCCACUAAAGACAUUGUUGAUCUUAUCAAAGACAAGUUUCCAAGAAGUUCAGGCAUAAUCUACUGUUUCUCAAGAAAAGAUUGUGAAAACACUGCUCAUGAAUUAACACAAGCAGGCAUUAAAACCCUUGCAUAUCAUGCCGGUCUUUCUGACAAAGCCAGAGCUACAGCACAAUCUCAGUGGAUUUCUGACAAAGUGAAGGUUGUUGCUGCUACCAUAGCCUUUGGCAUGGGUAUAGACAAACCCGAUGUCCGCUAUGUUAUUCACCAGACCAUGCCCAAAUCAGUUGAGGGAUACUACCAAGAAACAGGAAGGGCUGGUAGGGAUGGCAGGUUGUCACAUUGUAUUACUUUCUAUAAGUAUGAGGAUUCCAUUCGGCUUCGGUCAAUGAUAGAAAGUGAUCAGACGUCUUACCCAGAUUGGAAUGCAAAAAAAGCAGUUCUUGAUAGACACAUGGAAAAUCUUAGAUUCAUGAUUUCUUUCCUGGAAAACAAGACAGACUGUCGCAGAGGCCUCCAGUUGAAUCACUUUGGUGAAUUCUAUUCAUCUGAAUUGUGCUUGAAAAACAGAACUUCUGCCUGUGAUAACUGUGAAUCAAAGGGUCAGUAUACAGAAAUAGACAUUGCACCUGACGCCAGAGAAAUAGUUAAGUUUGUGAAAGAUAUGUGCAAUGAUACCAGAAAAAACUUUUCUUUGCUUCAUUUGGUUGAUGUGUUCAAAGGAAGCAAAAUAAAAAAAAUUGUCGAUGCAGGACAUGUUGAUCAUAAAAUACAUGGUAUGGGAAACAAAUGGAUGAAAACAGAUAUAGAGAGAAUGUUCCAUAAACUGGUUAUUGAAGGCUUCUUGAAAGAAACUUUGCAAACUAACUACCUGGAUAUGACAAAUGCUUAUAUAAAAUUGGGUCCCAAAGCUUCAUUAUUACAAGACCCAAGUUUCAAGAUGAUGUUCCCCAUGAAUGGUCCUGGAAGCAAAUCAGUCACCGUGGAAGAUGAAAGUUCUUCUGAUCAGAUUGAUCAAGAAAUGGAAACCAUUCACAGCGAAUGUCUUUCAGAACUGUCGGAUAAGGUUCAAGCAAUGGCCCUAUCAAUGGGUGUCAACUCCUCAUCAAUAAUGAAUGUUGAGGCUGUUCAUACCAUGGCACAAGUCUUGCCUGAAAGUGAGGAAGAAAUGUUAAAAAUACCACAUGUGACAAAGGCCAACUUUAAGAGGUAUGGCCCUCCCUUGUUGGAAGUUACUCAAGAGUUUGCUGCAAGAAGAAAUGCAUUGCAAGCAGCCCGUGAGGAGGAAAAAGUACAAGAAUUCUUUGCCAAUGGUGCAGUACAAGAGGAUUGGAAUCUGGGUGAUGAUGAUGAUGAUGAAGAUAGUGCCAACAAUGAAUCACCUUAUUUCACAUCCACAUCACCUAGAGGAAGUUCCCGUGGCACAGGAUACAAAAAGCGAGGGACUUUCCGUAAAGGGAGAAAAGUGUGGAAAAAGUCAAGCAAAGGAGGCGCUUCUCGUGGGAAAGGAUCGUCUAGUAGUCGUGGUUCAAGUUCCAGCAGUCGUGGUUCCAGCAGAGGUGGAGCAAAGAAGGCACCUGCCAGUUCUGGUCCAGGAAUUAUGAAAAUGCCUGUUCCAAAAGGACGUUCUUUUUUAUCAACGCCUCGUGUUUCUUCUUUGUAGAAGUGUUUGUUAAUGAAUUUUGUCAUGACAUUCUGAAUGUGAUAACAUGUGUGAUGUUUUGUAGUAAUACUUUAUUAAUUCUGACUACUCUGAUCUAUUUCUUCGUAGAGCCAUUCAUGUAGGGCUCUAAUUUUUUUUAAAAUUUUUAUCUAACUUAAUUACUAGCACAAUGAAUCAAAUGUGCUCUACUGAUAGGUACAAGCAAUUUUUGACCCUCUUAAGGUGUUUUACAUUCAAUUUAGUACAAAUGUGAGAGUUAAGAUUAUAAAAAUGUAAUUUAUUUGUUAUUUUGAGUAUUAUAUUAACUAUCUUUUAAGUACUUGGGACCAUUUCACUGUAAUAAAAGUGCCUCCAAUUGUGAA